UAAGAGACGUCAUCAGUUUCUUGUAAAACACAUCCAGUGUACAGGUCAUGCCUGAAACCACCGUGAAAGCGCCCAAGAAGGGCUCAAAGAAAGCCGUGUCUAAGAGCGUCAGCAAGAGCAGCAAGAAGAAGAGGAGGACCAGGAAGGAGAGCUACGCCAUCUACGUGUACAAGGUGCUGAAGCAGGUCCACCCCGACACCGGCAUCUCGUCCAAGGCUAUGGGCAUCAUGAACUCGUUUGUGAGCGACAUCUUUGAGCGCAUCGCCGGUGAGGCCUCCCGUCUGGCUCACUACAACAAGUGCUCCACCAUCACUUCCAGGGAGAUCCAGACCGCCGUCCGUCUGCUGUUGCCCGGUGAGCUGGCCAAGCACGCUGUGUCUGAGGGCACCAAGGCCGUCACCAAGUACACCAGCUCCAAGUAAACAGUCUUGUUGACUCUGAGACUAAACCAACGGCUCUUUUAAGAGCCACCCACUUUAUCUGAAGAC